AUGGAGGCCAUUUGUGACGCUUUCGAUCGGAAUGUCUGGGAAUCUGUAUUUUCCAACGCAGCCCAAGGAACAGCGAUGACAGGUCCUGCCAAGCCGACUGGGUUAUCCAGCUGGGAACUGCGGACUGCUUGGUGCUAUUGGAUCGAUAACCACCUCGCAAAGAUUGGGACCAAUGUUGGCUCUCGGUUGAACACCGGGAAAACCUACCUAAAGCUUUGA